AUGGUUGUCUGCAAGUACUUCCUGAACGGAAAUUGCAAAUUUGGCAGUAACUGCAGGAACGAGCAUCCUGGUGCUGGAUUCGCAAAUCAGAACAGAUUUGGCGCCCUAAGUGGUGGCGGAAGCUCUCGAUUCGGAGGAGGAAGCGGAAGCAACGAAGCUCGCCAAGAUCGCUGGCGAAUCAGCUCCGAAGAUGUGAGGAACGACUUGACAGACGGGAAAGGCCGGCCCAAAUGGAUCUUGACAGCAUACGGUCCCGGGAGGUCACCGCCGGCAUCACUACUGGAGUCUAAUGAGCUCAGUUCGGAAGAAGUGCGCGUGCGCUUUUAUGAAUUGGCCAGCCAGGGUAAGGCAGCCGAAGCGGAUCAAGAAGCAGGGACGUUGUGGAACAAAGCGGUCCAUGAUAUGGGGCAAAUCCUCAACAAGGUCGAGGAUGUGAACAAGUUUAUGGAAGAUGCGGAUAAAAAGCAUCCCAACAGGAACGACUUUGUGAACAUGGACGGGACAAAGACUCGCGACCAAUUCGUCCAGCAGUUCGCGAACAACACCCCAGCCACCGCUUUUGGCCAAUCUUCUACUCCGAAUCCCUUUGCAAAACCUGCUGCCUCGACUUUUGGUCAGCCUGCUCAGCCGUCUAUAUUCGGUGGUGCUAAUGGCGCCAAACCUGCCUUUGGUCAGGCCGGGUUCGGCAGCGGUGGAGGGCAAAGUGCGACAUCGAGUCCCUUUGGACAGGCGUCUGCUGGGAGUCCAUUCGGUCAGCCCUCGUCGACAAGCACAUUCGGAAAGCCGGCUUUUGGUAGCUCUGGAGGUGGUCAGCCAACCUUUGGGCAACCCGCGCAACCGGCAUCAACCUUUGGACAGCCUUCUCAACCGACAUCAGCCUUUGGGCAGCCUUCUCAACCCGCAGCUGCCUUUGGGAAGCCUUCCCAGCCAACCUCGGCAUUUGGUCAACCUGCUUUUGGAUCAAGCGGCUUUGGAGCGAAUGCUGCAAAGAGCCCGUUCGCAGCGGCAUCGGCAUCGGCAUCGGCAGGAUCAGGCUUUGGCCAGGGUGGUGCGACUUUCGGCCAGCCCUCGCAACCCAGCUCGACAUUUGGUCAGCCUUCGCAGCCUACUUCGAGCUUCGGACAACCAAGUCAACCGGCAUCGACCUUUGGUCAGCCAGCUCAACCCAGUUCCACGUUCGGCCAGCCAUCAGCGUUCGGGAACGCUGGGUUCGGCCAGUCGACACCAACACCAACAUUAACAUCUACUCCAACUUCGACAUUCGGCCAACCAUCUCAACCUACACCAGCAUUCGGACAGCCUUCGCAACCAAGCGGCUCUCCUUUCGGCCAAGCCGCAAGUACUGCGUCCCCUUUCGGACAGCCUGCAUUUGGCAGCAAUACCACCACCACCACCACCACCCCAGCGUUCGGUCAACCUAGCGCACCCGCCAACCCGUUCGGCGGUAGACCAGCAGAACCCCAGCCUAAUGACCAGGCAAUGGAAACGACCACCCCAGCCCCAUCCCGUCCAGCUUCCAGGGGGAAUCCCUUCGGAGCACCAUUCACCCAAUCGCCUCAACCUCAGGCUCAGCCCCAGCCGGCACAGCCUAUGGCCACACCGUCCACACAACCGGCCGCUGCGAAGCCGAUCGUGAAUACUUCCAUCACACCCCAUCCACUAACCGGACGCCCUCCACAUGCAGUGCACUAUACGCAGACGCUUCCACUACAGCCGACGCAGAAGAAUGCUUCAGGCCAGGUGGCUGCCUACCGGGGUCAACGAGUGCAAUACGUCGACGGCGUCCCAUGCUAUGCACGACCCGACGGUAAAGGUCUAGAGAAGAUCUGGUUCCCGGACGCCGGGGCUACUCCUGAAGUGGUCGCGCUGAACCGAGAGGACAAGAUUGCUGAUACGCAGGGAUCGGCGGCCGAUUAUACAGACGAGAUUGUGGACAAGUUCAAAAACCUGUUUGAGCAAGGACGGUUCGCGGACGGCAAGAUACCGCUCAUACCGCCGUUGAGGGAGUGGGGAGUGUAUGAUUUUUAG